CUGUUUUUGUUUUCCUCUCUCUCUCUGUCUGCCUUCGAUCCCUUCUCUCUUAACAAAUAAAAAUGUCAAAUUUUCUCAAAAUAUUUAGACUCAAUCACUAACUAUAAUUAUAAUAACAACAAAAACACCAACUUUUUUUUUUAAAUUUAAUUAAUUAGAUUAAUUUAAUUUAAAUAAAAAUUGGGGGCAUGGAAAUGGCGUCUAGUCCGCGAACAGUAGAAGAGAUCUUCAGAGAUUUUAGUGCUAGAAGAGUCGGAGUUGUUCGUGCUUUAACUCAAGAUGUGGAUGAAUUUUAUGGACUUUGCGACCCAGAGAAGGAGAAUUUGUGUCUAUAUGGGCAUCCGAAUGAGACCUGGGAAGUAAAUCUGCCAGCUGAGGAAGUUCCGCCUGAGCUUCCUGAACCGGCUUUAGGAAUUAAUUUUGCGAGAGAUGGUAUGGAUAGAAAAGACUGGCUUUCACUGGUUGCUGUGCAUAGUGACUCUUGGUUGAUUUCUGUUGCUUUCUAUUUUGGUGCUCGUCUUAAUAGAAACGAAAGGAAACGGCUCUUUAGCAUGAUGAACGAUUUGCCCACUGUCUUCGAAGUUGUAACAGAACGGAAACCCGUAAAAGAAAAGCCCAGUGCAGAUAGUGGAAGUAAAUCUCGAGGCAGCAGCAUAAAGAGAUCAAAUGAUGGUCAAGUGAAGAGCAAUCCGAGGCAUACAGAAGAGUUUUAUGAAGACGAUGAGGAUGAGCAUAAUGAAACUUUUUGCGGGAGCUGUGGCGGAAGUUACAGCGCAGAUGAAUUCUGGAUUGGUUGCGACAUAUGCGAAAGGUGGUUCCAUGGAAAGUGUGUGAAAAUAACACCUGCUAAGGCUGAGAGUAUUAAGCAAUACAAGUGCCCAUCUUGCAGCAUGAAGAGAAACAGACAGUAAUUUCGGUCGAGCUGGCCGCAGAUAAUAACAGUAUUAGUAAUGCUAUCUCUUCUUCAGUAUGUAUGUGUAAAAUGCUUGUUUAUAACAAAUGCCUUAAAAAAGUUUUUUAAGUUUGUUAUUUUUCAUCCCAUCUAAUCCUUUACUUAAAAUGGCAGAUUAUGUAAUCAAAUCUCUAAAUUUAUGACAAAUGAAUUAAUACUGUUCA